AUGACUUCUUCGGCUGCGUUGCCAGAGAAAAUUGCCAAAGAGGAUGCUGAUCUUCGAGUUGUGUCUCUCCAGGGUCUUCUAGAUGAGGACGAAACCGCAAAAGAGAACUUAUUGAAAGCCUGCACCGACCUGGGCUUUUUCUAUCUCGAUUGCCGAGAUGUCUACUCAGGGCGCGUGGUGCAAGACGUCCAGAACAUGUACGAGCUGGCCACGAGUUUUUACGACCUUCCACAGGAAGCCAAAAACAAGUGGUUUGUGGACAGAGACCACGAUGAAGAUCUUGUUAUGGGAUACAAGCCAGCGGGUCAUGGGAACGGGCCCGUCGAAGGGGUGAAGGAUGGGUUCGAGGGACUCAUGCUCAUGGAACAUCCCAUUGCCAAAAUCAACGAUGCUGCCUCGUUUCCAGGGCCUGAAGCCAUUUCCUCUCGACUUGCUCCCCUGAAGCAGGCCAAUACAACAUUCCGUGACAUCAGCACCCUCCUACUCACUCGUCUAUCGUCGGCCUUGGGAUUGGCAGACAAUCUGUCGUACCAGCAGUACCACCGCAAAGGCGCUGUUUGUCCGACCGCUCUUGGUCUUCUCAAGUAUACCAUCGCCGACAUGGAACCGGACAAAGUGGGCCAGAUCGCCCACACCGAUGCUGGCAGUCUCUCCAUCGUCUUCACCGAAGUUGCAGGUCUCCAAGUCUUGAAGCCCAACGAGGAGCAAUGGUACUACAUAGCACCCAAGCCCGGCCACGCGGUAGUGAACGUGGGAGACGCUCUCCGGUUCAUCUCCGGGGGCGUCCUUGAGUCGAGCUUGCAUCGCAUCAUACCCCACAAGGACGAGAAGGAGAGGCACAAGUACUCGAUCGUGUAUCUCCUGCGGCCUGAGAUGGAGGCCGAGUUCGUCGACGCUGAGGGUGUGACAUGGAAAGGCUUGGAGUGGACCAACAAGAAGCAUGCAGUGUUCCGUGCUUCGGCAGAGGAGCAAGCCCAGGGGACUUAUCUGACCGGGAGAGAUGGGUAUGUGGGACAUUGGAACCCGGAGCAAGACCCUGAAGGUCAGACCAUUACUGUCGGGUAA